AUGAGUUCCAGCAGCAAUAAAGGAGUUGGAAGGCCUGGUAAUGAAUCAGCAAAGCAGAAAACUACCUCCGAAACAUUUGGGGUUGAUGAGAUAAAUGUAGGUGUUGGAGAUUUGGGCGUCAAAUCUGAUCAAAAUGAUGGAUGGCUUGUGUGUGCUAGGGAAUCCAAGAACAAUGAAGGAAGUAGCAGUGCUGGGAAGAAGCAAUGGAUUCCUCAGAAUCCCACUUCAAAAUCUUGGGGUCAUCCAGAUGUUAUUCAGAAAUUGGGAAUGCGUAGCAAUGUUGAAUCAUCCAAUUCCCCCGUUUCUGAUGAUGAUGUUAUGGCCCGUGAAUCUGAUAGGGCGGAUGAUGAAUUAGAUUUGCCUGAUGAUGACAGUAAUGAAGCUGAAUUUCUGAGUAGUGAUGACUUAGAUGAUCACUCAGAUGUGAAAGAAAUGAGUUUUGAGGAGCGCAAGAAAAGUCGUUGGUUUAAGAAGCUUUUUGAAUGUCUCAACAAGUUGACUAUUACUAAGAUUAAUGAUCCUGAACGACAGUGGCACUGCCCUGCCUGCAAAGGUGGUCCAGGUGAAAUGAUGUGGUUUACAGGGUUGCAAUCAUUGGUGCUCCACACAAAAACGAAAGGUGGAUCAAGGAUUAAAUUACACAGAGAGCUCGCUCAACUUUUGGAGGAGGAGCUGCGUCUGAGAGGAACUACUGUGGUUCCUGCAAGUGAGAUGUAUGGACAAUGGGAUGGUGUUGAAUAUGAAGAUAAGGAAAUUUUGUGGCCACCGAUGGUGAUUAUCAUUAACACGGCGCUUGCGAAAGAUGACAAUGAAAAGUGGAUUGGAAUGGGAAAUCAGGAGCUACGCGAGUAUUUCAGCUCUUGCACUCUUAUCAACUCUGUUCGACAUUCAUAUGGUCCACAAGGCCAUCGUGGCAUCAGUGUAUUGAUCUUUGAGGCCACUGCUAUGGGAUACAUACAGGCUCAGGUUCUCUGUGAACAGUUUUCUGUAAAAGGAAGAGAUAAGGAUGCGUGGGAACGCAAUCCAGUUCGCUUUUAUCCCGGGGGAAUACGUAAGCUUUAUGGUUACAUGGCAGAGGUAAAAGACAUGGAAAACUUCAACCAACAUUCACAUGGAAAAGCAAGGUUGAAGUUCCAGAUGAAAUCAUAUAAUGAAACUGUUCGAGAUCCAGCGAUGCAGAUGUCGGAGGAUAAUCAACAGCUUGUAUGGUUCAAGACAGAAGCUGCUAAGAACAAAAAAUUAUCUAAAGCUCUUGAGGAGACUCUUACUCUGGUGAGUGAAAAGCACCGUCAGACAAUGGAAGAGAACAAGAUCAUUAGGAUGAAAAUGAAGAUGCACUGUGAACAGAACAAGGAAGAGAUGGAGUCUCAACAGAACUUUUUUAAGGAUCAAAUUAACAUGUUUCUCAAUGCUGCGACUGCUGAGGUGGACAAAUCCGAGAAGAUACAACAGGAACGUUGUGAUAUUUUCCAACAAUCUUUUGCAAAUGCUUUCCCAACGAUUGAGGAUCAUCGAGUUAGGGCAGAGAAAGCUGAGAAUUUUGUCAAACUUCAGGACAAAGACAUGGAGGAGUUUGUAGCUGAGAGGGAAAAUCUGAUUAGAGCUCAUGAAGAGAGGAGACACAAACUCUUGAAAGAGGCAAUUGCAAUUGAGAAGAGAUUCGACUUCGAACUGGCUAAGCUUGUGGAGAAGUUCUACUCAAAGCAAUCUAAGCAGGUUUAGAGUAUAUUUCAGCAUUAAAUUUCUUAUCAUGUGUUAUGCUGAUGCUAAAGAAAUAAUUUUAGUACCUAUAUAAAAUCUAUCAAUUAAUAGAUGCCUUGAACUUAUGAUGUUUUAUUUGUUUUUGGGUUUUGAAAUCUGUAUGUCACCUUAUUAUGAUCAC